UUGGAGACCUACUCUGUCGGAGCUGCGUGUCUGAAACUGUGAACAGAUCCGCCUCAUUGAACACCAACUGCAUCCAGAGAGGAAAACGCGCAGGAAUCAGAGCAGAACCACAAAACAAAGCGAUGAGGGACCUGCCGCUGCGCCUUGGCACAGGAGGGACGCAAAAACAUCUUUUAACGGACUGGGCAUCAGUUUGAAGUGUAGGAAUGACAGCUGCCUUGCUUCUAAGAAUCAGUCUUGUAUCUAAAGUUCAGUUGAGGGUUAAGCUUUAAGUUCAUAUUCUUCUGAUUCCGCUCCAAAUACCCGCGCCAAUGCUGGAAUGGCUUGCGGCUUUCUGUGUUCUGAUCCUGGUGGUUUUUAUUUGCCCAGGCACCAAAUAUCUGCUCGGUCUCGAUGUUUCACCUCGGAGACUGGGCGUCUCACGGCAGGUUGGCUGUAAAGAUGUCCGCUCAGUGUGCGCCGGCGGAGCUGAAGGCACCGAUGAGAAAGGAGGCACUGUUGCGCUUAUAUGCAAACCAUCCGCGCUGGCCAAGUACCUCCAGAAGCACUGCCGGACUUUCAGCCGCUUCUCUCCCAGCAGCGGCUGGACUUGGAGAGCGAACGCCUUUCUGCAGAGCGCAUAUGAGGCGUGUUGGCCGUGGGAGACUUCGGUCCAGUUCGUCCGGGACAACCUGCAGCUCAACGAUGACGGGCUGGUGUCCCUGGACUGGGCUGUGUCAUCCCACCACAGGAGACGCAGGACCUCCAGUCACUCCACCAGCCCGGUUCUGCUCAUCAUCCCCAACUCCUUUGGGAAGAUCACCAGGAAUGUGAUAAAGCUGUGUGAAUCAGCUCUGUCCCAUGGGUACCUCCCUGCAGUCUUCAACCGCCGCAGCCACAACGGCACUCCUCUUACUACCCUCAAACUGCAGCAGUUUGGUGACCCUUCAGAUCUGCGAGAGGCUGUGCGCUACAUUCGCUACAGACAGCCCGCCGGGAGACUGUACGCGGUGAGCGAGAGCUCGGGGUCAGGCCUCCUCCUGUCAUACCUGGGGGAGUGUGGAUCCUCCAGUUAUAUGACAGCAGCGGUCUGCCUGUCACCUGUGUUUCGCUGUCAGAGCUGGUUCGAAAAUGGGCUGAGCUGGCCCCUGCAGUGGGUGUUGGCCCUAUACCAGAAGAUAUGUCUCAGCAGGUACAGGACGGCGCUGGGUGACGUCAUGGAAACGGAUGCUCUGUUUUCAAGUUGUUCCUUGCGUGGUGUAGAGGAAGCCUUAUUCUGUCAGUCUGGAUAUUCUGGCUCUACAUCGGAGACCAAAAGUGGCUUCAGUGUGCCAGGAGCCUGGGACGCUUACUGGGAACGCAACGAACCCUUACGAGAUGUGGAUGAAGUAGCCAUCCCUGUUUUGAGCGUGUGUGCUAAAGAUGACCCUAUCCGAGGAGACGCCAUGUCCUCCCUACCCCUAGAGCUGUUUGAGACAAACCCACACUUUUUUCUCCUUCUGACAGACCGUGGUGGUCACUGUGGUUUCUCCACAGAGUCUGACAGGAGUGUCCAUGGUGCGUCUAGUGCAGUCGGCUCUGUGUUUUCAACAAAUAUGAGCAGAGAAGACAGUAAUGGCACCAAGUGGAGUCACAAAGUUAUGCUGGAAUUUUUCCGGGCGACCACCGAUUUCUUCAACGCAGAGGAGCGAGCCAAGCAGCUCGCUGCGAGGAGGAGGGGGCUGGGAGGGGCUUCAGGAGGGAGGUCUUUUCGCUACCGCAGCGUCAGUACUUGUAAACAAGUGCCGGCAUGUUCCCAUAAUAUUCAUGCAAUUUAUAACUGGCAAAGGUCUUAUACCCGAUAAGUAAAGUAUAAUAUAUAUUGGGAGCCUUUUGGAGUCUCACACUUUUUGCUGGUGAUGUAUCUGCUUUUGUUUCAUGCAUGACAAUGACCGUUUAUAUUACUUAAAAAGUAUCACAUCAUCAGUGUUAUAACUGUACACCCUGUCACAACUUUGAUGUGAUUAUGUAUAAAGAAAAAACUAAAUAACCUACAGAACUAGAAGUCAAAAACAACUCAGAUAAGACUUGCUCUCAUAUCCACCUGAUGCUCAGAUACAAAAGUUAGGGAAGUUAGAACUAGACAGAUUAGUUAGAAAUGUGCUGAUAGGCCAUGAAACUGCCUGUUGUUGUCAUCUUUAAUGUUGAAUUUCUAAA